AACACAGAACUGAGGCCCCAUUGCCCCAGCACACACAUUGGCAGAGAGCGGGAUCCUCAGGCCUCUACAAUGUGGGCACCUGCCUCCGGACCCUGCCCUCCUCACCUGCUGCUGGCUUUGCUCUUGGGACUCACAGGUGCGGCCGGUGAGGCAGAGCUGCAGGUGAUCCAACCUGAGAAGUUAGUGUCUAUCAUAGCCGGACAUACAGCCACUUUGCACUGCACCAUGACUUCCCUGCUCCCCUUGGGGAAGGUUGAGUGGUUCAGGGGGACAGGGCCAGGCCGGAAGUUAAUCUUCAGUUUCAAAGGAGGCCACUUCCCCCGAGUGACAAAUAUUUCAGACACCACAAGGAGAAACAACACGGACUUUUCCAUUCGCAUCAGUAACAUCACCCCAGCAGACACCGGAACCUACUACUGUGUGAAGUUCCAGAAAGGGUACCCUGAUGUAGAGAUUAAGUCUGGACCAGGCACUCAGGUCACCGUGAGCACCAAACCCUCUCUCCCCGCGGUGUCGGGCCCGGUGGUCAGGGCCUUGCCGGGGCAGACAGUGAACUUCACCUGCAAGUCCCGCGGCUUCUCCCCCAGAAACAUCACCCUGAGAUGGUUCAGAAACAGGAAUGAGCUGGCAGCCUCCCAGACCAGCGUGGACCAAGAAGGAGACAGAACGUCCUACAGUAUCUCCAGCACAACCAGGCUGGUGCUGGCCCCGGGGGACGUUCGCUCCCAGGUCAUCUGCGAGGUGACCCACGUGACCCUGCAGGGGGGCCCUCCUCUUCGUGGGACUGCCAACCUGUCUGAGGUCCUCCGAGUUCCACCCACCUUGAUGGUUUCCCAGCAAUGCAUUGCAGAGGACCAGGUGAAGGUCACCUGCCAAGCGAAGAAGUUCUACCCUCAGCACCUACAACUGACCUGGCUGGAGAAUGGAAACAUGGCCCGAACAGAAACAGCCUCAAGCAUCAUAGAGAACAAGGAUGGGACCUUUAACUGGAUGAGCUGGCUCCUGGUCAAUUUCUCUGCCCACGCAGAGGAGAUGGUGCUCACAUGCAAGGUGAAGCAUGAUGGCCAGCGGGUAGUCAGCAAAAGCCAUAUACUGGAGACCUCUGCCCACCGAAAAGACCAGUGCACAGAUGGAAACUCUGACCCAGAGCUGUCUACUCUACUGCUGGUGGCUCUCACCCUGGGCCCAAAGCUGCUGCUGCUCAUCACUGUCUCUGCCAUCUAUGCCCACAGGAAGUGAGGGCCUGACUCUUUGUGCCAAUUCCCCUUGGCCAUUAUUCACUUUUGUACGAUGGCACCAGGGUUCCUCACUGGAAGACCAGGAGACAACACAACCACCUGCAUUGCUGUCUGUGGUAAAGUGAGUAACAGAAUCAAAGAGAAUCACCACUACCAGCUUUGAAAGACAUGAUUCUUACUUACCAUGAUGAGCACCUGUUAGUUACAUAGAUAUUUGUGGCCUGAGGAAGAGCUGGCGGCAAAGUUUAUACCUCAUGGAAAAUUCCUCCAUGGCAAACGAAACUGAAACCAUGUUUUGGGGGACUGUUGGUAUUUAACAGACCUGUGGCAACUGACAUUCGUGCAUGUCAGCACCACGCAAGCUGAGAACCUCCUGUGUGUGCUUGUCUCAUCCUCAAAUAGGAUGUGGACUCUGACAGAGAAGGGACUGUCUGCAUCCUCAGUUGUCAGAAUGACAGCCAUGUGUUAGGCCACUGCAUUUUUAAAACAUAAGUUGGGGAAUACAUCAUUGAAAACACUAGUUUCUGUCAGAUUUUGGAUUUUAAAAUACUAUUUCACUUCAUUCAGCACUGGUACAUGUACCUAAAACCAUUUCACUAAAUACUACUCUCUCUUCUUUGUGUUUAAAAGUUCUAUCAGAACGUCAUAUCCUUCAGAAAGUGAACAAGUGAUCUGCAAAAACAGACAGAUAGCCCACUGAUUGGAGUCUGUCAAACAGGUACAGGGACCUUCUGGAAGAGCUCCCAAUGGUCAAAGUGUAACAGUUUGAGCAACAAAUAAGUAAAGUAGUACAUCUGAUUCUGCUCUGGUCUGAAUGUUCGAGUCCCCGCAAAAUUUGAGUGUUGGAAUCCUCAAGCCCAUGUGAUGGGUGUUGGCAGGGGAAGCCUCUGGAAGGUGAGCAGGUCAUGAGUGCUUCAUCCUCAUGAGUGGGAUUGGUCCUUACAGAAUAUUUCCCCCACCCCAGGGCUCCCCAGUCACUUCGGCCAUGUGAAGACACAGGGAGAAAUCUGUGAGGGCCCUCUUCCAACCACGCUGCCUCCAUGAUCUCAGACCUCAGCCUCCUCAACUAUGAGCAAGAACUUUCUUUUGUUUACUAGCCACUAGUCUGGGAUGUUUUGUUAUAGCUGCCUAAAUGACUAAAACUGAUUAUAACCCCAUAUAUAAAUAAAUCUUUGAGCCCAUAUUGAUAUAUAUAAGUAAUUAAAUAAAUUAAUAAAUUGAGGAGAAGAAAAAAUAGCCUGUGCAUAAAGUCCCAAAUGAUUCAACCAGAUACUUCACCUUCAGGAGGGGGACCCUAACUUCCCACUCAUUAAGGACAAGCUGCUUGUUGUGACUCUCUUCCAAAGAGGACAGAAUGGAAAGGAGGAAAAAGGAAGAACUACAGAGGGGAUAUCCGACAAAUACAGUUCAGCCGGGUGAUCAUGAGUUCGCCAUGAGUUCACAUGGUUUGUGCUCCAUGAUAUAUAUUAAUGUGUUAAGAGUGGCAUUUUUCUUCUGUGACCUUCCUCCCCAAGCCCACCAUUCCCACAUUCCACCAUAUACCUGAGCAACACUCCUCAAAACUGUCAGGCCAUCACCAUCAAAGAAAGUUGAAGUUGUAAUGGAUGAGAAAAGCCUAACGAGACAUGACAAAUAAAUAUAAUGUGGUAUCCUGAGUGGAAUUCUGGGUGGAAUUCUGGAACAGAAAGUGUAAAAACCAAGGAAAUCUCUUUUGGAGUGAAUGUUUCUGUCUCUCCAAAGUUCAUGUGUUGAAAUUUGAUUCCCACUGUGAUGGGAUUUGGAGGUGGGAGCUUUGACAAGUAAUGAGGUCUUGAGGGUGGAGUCCUCAUGAAUGAGAUCAAUGCCCUCAUGAAAAGGGGCCGGACAGCCAGAUCACCCCACCCACACAUGAGAAUGCAAGCUGUACACAGUCCACAACCACAAUGAAACUUCUCAUCACAAUCCAACUAUCAUGGCUACCCUGAUCUCAGACUUCUAGCCUCCAGGACUGUGAGAAAUAAGUUCCUGUUGUUUCAAGGCUUCCAGUUUAUGCUGUUUUGUUAUAAGGACCCAAGAUAAGACAAAAAUCUAAAUAUACUAUGGACUUUGGUUAAUAAUAAUGGUUCAUUAUCACAGAUACACCAUGCUACUGUCAGAUACUAAUAAGAGGGGAAGCUGUGUGCAGCUGUAUAUUGGAACUCUGUACUAUUGUCACAAUUUUACUCUAAAUGUAAAACUGUUUCAAAAAUUAAGUCUAUUAAAUAUGUCAACAUCA